CCGCUCGCCGCCUUCCUCCCUCUGCCUUCCUUCCCCACGGCCGGCCGCCUCCUCGCCCGCCCUCCCGCAACCCAGGAGCCGAGGCCGCCGCGGCCGUGGCGGCGGAGCCCUCAGCCAUGGCCUCGGGCGACACCCUCUACAUUGCCACGGACGGCUCGGAGAUGCCGGCCGAGAUCGUGGAACUGCACGAGAUCGAGGUGGAGACCAUCCCGGUGGAGACCAUCGAGACCACGGUGGUGGGCGAGGAGGAGGAGGACGACGAAGACGACGAGGACGGCGGCGGCGGCGACCACGGCGGCGGGGGCGGCCACGGGCACGCCGGCCACCACCACCACCACCACCACCACCACCCGCCGAUGAUCGCGCUGCAGCCGCUGGUCACCGACGACCCGAGCCAGGUGCACCACCACCAGGAGGUGAUCCUGGUGCAGACGCGCGAGGAGGUGGUGGGUGGCGACGACUCGGACGGGCUGCGCGCCGAGGACGGGUUCGAGGACCAGAUCCUCAUCCCGGUGCCCGCUCCGGCCGGCGGCGACGACGACUACAUCGAGCAGACGCUGGUCACCGUGGCGGCGGCCGGCAAGAGCGGCGGGUCCUCGUCGGGCGGCGGCCGCGUCAAGAAGGGCGGCGGCAAGAAGAGUGGCAAGAAGAGUUACCUGGGCAGCGGGGCCGGCGCGGCGGGCGGCGGCGGCGCCGACCCGGGCAAUAAGAAGUGGGAGCAGAAGCAGGUGCAGAUUAAAACCCUGGAGGGCGAGUUCUCCGUCACCAUGUGGUCCUCAGAUGAAAAAAAAGAUAUUGACCAUGAAACGGUGGUUGAAGAGCAGAUCAUUGGCGAGAACUCACCUCCUGAUUAUUCUGAAUAUAUGACAGGCAAGAAACUCCCUCCUGGAGGGAUACCUGGCAUUGACCUCUCAGACCCUAAGCAACUGGCAGAAUUUGCUAGAAUGAAGCCAAGGAAAAUUAAAGAAGAUGAUGCUCCAAGAACAAUAGCUUGCCCUCAUAAAGGCUGCACAAAGAUGUUCAGGGAUAACUCUGCUAUGAGGAAGCAUCUGCACACCCACGGUCCCAGAGUCCACGUCUGUGCAGAAUGUGGCAAAGCGUUCGUUGAGAGCUCAAAGCUAAAACGACACCAGCUGGUUCAUACUGGAGAGAAGCCCUUUCAGUGCACAUUCGAAGGCUGUGGGAAGCGCUUUUCACUGGACUUCAAUUUGCGCACGCACGUGCGAAUCCAUACCGGAGACAGGCCCUAUGUGUGCCCCUUCGACGGUUGUAAUAAGAAGUUUGCUCAGUCAACUAACCUGAAAUCUCACAUCUUAACACACGCUAAAGCCAAAAACAACCAGUGAAAAGAAGAGAGAAGACCUUCUCAAACAUGGGAAGCAUCUUCGAGAAUAUGAUUGGGAAUAAAUAUGCCUCUCCUUUGUAUAUUAUUUCUAGGAAGAAUUUUAAAAAUGAAUCCUACACACCUAAGGGACAUGUUUUGAUAAAGUAGUAAAAUUUAAAAAAAUACUUUAAUAAGAUGACAUUGCUAAGAUGCUCUAUCUUGCUCUGUAAUCUCGUUUCAAAAACAAGGUGUUUUUGUAAAGUGUGGUCCCAACAGGAGGACAGUUCAUGAACUUCACAUCAAAAGACAAUUCUUUAUACAACAGUGCUAAAAAAUGGGACUUCUUUUCACAUUCUUAUAAAUAUGAAGCUCACCUGUUGCUUACAAUUUUUUUAAUUUUGUAUUUUCCAAGUGUGCAUAUUGUACACUUUUUGGGGAUAUGCUUAGUAAUGCUGUGUGAUUUUUCUGGAGGUUGAUAACUUUGCUUGCGGUAGAUUUUCUUUAAAAGAAUGGGCAGUUACAUGCAUACUUCAAAAGUAUUUUCCUGUACAAAAAAAGUUAUAUAGGUUUUGUUUGCUAUCUUAAUUUUGGUUGUAUUCUUUGAUGUUAACACAUUUUGUAUAAUUGUAUCGUAUAGCUGUAUUGAAUCAUGUAGUAUCAAAUAUUAGAUGUGAUUUAAUAGUGUUAAUCAAUUUAAACCCAUUUUAGUCACUUUUUUUUCCAAAAAAUACUGCCAGAUGCUGAUGUUCAGUGUAAUUUCUUUGCCUGUUCAGUUACAGAAAGUGGUGCUCAGUUGUAGAAUGUAUUGUACCUUUUAACACCUGAUGUGUACAUCCCGUGUAACAGAAAGGGCAACAAUAAAAUAGCGAUCCUAAAGAAAGAUUAUGGCAGAAAGAGAUCUGUAAGCACAGCCUUAUUUUCUUCUGUUGUCCAGAAUACUUAUAAUUCUUGAGCCUCCCAGAAAUUGGAAGCUAAAUAAAGCAACUCGAGUUUCCUUUAUUUUGCACUCAGUGACAGUGACUGUGAUGAGAUCCGUGCAUAGACACUUAAUAUUUCCUACAUGCCCUGAAUUCCGGAAGAGUAGGCAGUAGGCACCCCAAGCUAAGGAACUACCUCAGAGUACACCAGAUGGCCCAUGUCCGACAGGAUUGCCCUUGAUAUCCUGGUCCGUGUGGGAGUGAUAUAUUUGCAUGGGCCCUGAUGCUUUCUGAAUGGGAGGCACCAACUGGCAAUGAGUGCACCAGGGAGCAUGGGCCUCCUCAUCACUCAGGCUGCCUUCAAGGGCAGUGGCUCCUUGGCUUGUCCAAUAGGAAAUCCAGUGCAGUCCUUAUUAGAUGCUAGCAGAUGUAGCAAUUGAGUGCCAGUAGCAGUUUGAUGCUUGUAAACACACUAAGGGCAGAGCGGCAAGGCGAUUAGAUUAUUGUUGUAGAAAGUUGUACUCAGUGAGUACUUGACUUGUCAUGUUGUGACCUCUUCGAUGUAUGAAUAUAAUUUUUGAAUUUUACUUAGUCAAAUACCAGACUUGUUAAAUAUUUUAUAAACUGCCGUGAUACAUCAAAAUCUCAUUUAUUCAAAAUGCAAACCUAACUGUCUGUCUUUCUGUGCUGAAUGCUUAACUAUAAGGUAAAUGACAAAAACCAAUACCAGAUUUAGUCACAAAGAGGCCGGGAGACCAACCGGUCGAACACUUAGCUCGAUUUCUUAUGGCCUCACCAGGAGGAUUGGUGACCUAGAAACAGUGACCCUGUGGCUCUGUGGAAUUUUGAAGUGCCUUCUGAACUAUAAAUGAAAAUCGUAACUUGG